AUGGCGCUUGAGGAUGAAAAGCACACGUCGUUCAGAAUGCCCAUCAACAUUUUCUGCUAUACGGUCAUGCCCUUUGGCCUGAAGAAUGCCGGUGUCACCUAUCAACGGGCAAUGACUCGUAGGUUACAGCCAUUUUCGAAGCUGAUGAAGAAAGAUGUUCGUUUCAAGUGGGACGAAGAGUGCCAGGAUGCAUUUAACAAAAUCGAAGGAUACUUGUUAAAUCCGUCAAUUCUCACAACGCCAAUCCCGGGGAAGCCUCUUAUACUGUCGAGGAAGAUGAAAAGCUACCAUUCUGAGAGAUGUACUUCGAUGAGGCAUCGUCGAUUAAACCUGCCCGACCUCCAAAAAUUGCAAGAGCCCGAGCAGACACCAACUAAAACCACUCCAUAUUCAUUGGUAUUCGGUGUUGAAGCUGUAUUAUUAUUGGAGAUUGAACUAUCGUCACUCCAGGUAACAAUUCAGAAUGACCUUAUCCAAGAACAAAAUGCUCGCUUAAGAAUGGAAGAGUUUAACGCACUUGAUGAACUCAGGCUACAAGCUCAACAAAAUCUAGAGAUUUAUCGAGAAAAAAUGACAAAAUCCUUCGAUCGUAUGGUGCGUCCUCGGGCAUUUCAAGAAGAAGAAUUGAUCCUGGUGCUGAGAAGGCCAAUCAUCACACACCGAAGAAUUGGUGGCAAAUUUGUGUCCAAUUGGGAGGGCCCCUUUGUUAUCGAGAAGUUGUUUCAAGGAGAAGCUUAUCAACUUAUCGACUUGGAAGGUCAGAGACCUAUGCCGCCAAUCAACGGCCGAUAUCUGAAGAAAUACUACGCAUGA